GGUUACCACAGGCACAUAGUUGAUUUGAAAUUCCCAGAUCUGAAGUUAAUGACUAGUCACGCUGAACCUACCGAAGAAGACGGUAGUGUUCCACACACAGACGAUAGCAGUUCUGGCCAGAAUGUUGAGCAAGUGUCUCGCCGUCGACUUGCGUUUCGUCCUCCACUAGAUCCCCAACCGUCAAGCUCUAAUGGAGCUCGUUCUGAGGGCACGAGUGGUGAAUGUUCAACUAACCCUGGACCGUCAAAGCUGAGUUCGCACACAACGGCGGCAGCAGAGGAAGAGCGUCUUCCGAAAAAAUCGAAAACUUGGAGUCAUGAUGAAAUUAUGGUUUUUUAUGAAGGUCUUAAACAGUGUGGCAAAGACUUUGAUGGUGUCAUGCGUAUCAUGGCAAAGCGAAAAGUGGAGAAAAAUAAAGAACAGACAAAAAAUUACUAUUUCAAUUUAUUGAAACAUGUAAAGCAGACUAUUUCUUUGGAUGAAGAGUCGAUGGGCGACAUAGGGCGUGAUGCAAAGGAGUUGUUCAUAACCAUAAACGCUUGCGAAUGGCGUAGAAGGACGCGAAGUAAUCAGUACAUACCAGAACGCAUGAAAGAAUUGAUUUUCCAUGGUUGCACAACAAUGCCGGUACGUGACAAAUCCAAGAAAAAGAGUAUUCCGGUGAAGAUCAAAACACCACCUUGUCCUUCGCUGUUGAAAUUCUUCUAUAACAAUCAACUUGACAAAUUUCCGCCCGAAAUUAUAGUCUCUUUGAAGCCCAUGACAUACGCUGAUGCUUCAUAUGUGGUCAGCUGUGAGCAGAAUCCUUUGCUUCGGAUACGAUUGAACACCAACGAUCGCAUAUCGAGAAUCUUCCAGCUGCUACGCCACAAAUGGGCAUCGUCGCUAGACAAAAUGGAUGCAAGCGGUAGCAGAAGAUCUUCUGGUCCUCGGCCUGAGAUUCGGCUCUUCGCUGGAAAAGAUACUGAAGUAGGACGCGUAAUUCUGAGUCCUACGGAACUUUCACCUGCGGUAGGGCCCUCUUUGAACAAGCUAAGAAAGGAGCGAGAUGAUAGGGAAGCGCUCAAAUCAAAAAGAUCGAGGAAUGCGCAAGUGAAUACAGAGCCUUCAUACACGGUAAGAAUUGCACACAAUUUCGUAUUGAACGAAGAAGUGAUAAAAGGAGGUUUAUGUGAGGAAAACGUGCAAGACGCCAUCGUCGCUGAAAUAUAUUGUUUGUGCGGAAUGACGCCGAUCGUAGAACUAGUCUACAGCAUCAAAACAAUGCCAAGAAUGCGCGAACCUUGGCGUAUACUUGUUUCCCUUUUGGAACGGGAUUAUGGAGAAGCCUUGUUGGAUACAGCACGAAAGCGACCAGCUGAUGCAGUCAAUGAGAGAAAGGAUGAACCACCGUCAAAGGCUAGACCGCUGAGAAAUGCGAAGGCGAAGCUGACUCCGCACAGUAAACUCGGUUCACCGUUAAACGCAAUACAAGAAGAGCCUCGAACUCCUGUUGUGGUGCAGCCAGUACUGUCCGAAAGUGCCGUUGUACUGGAAGAGUACGAUAAUUUUGCUGAACAGUAUAAUGCACUUAGAGGCAAGAAGAUGAACAAUCGAAAAACAGCUUCGAAAACUGUGACCACCACAUCGACUCAAAAGCAGAUAACCACGUUCAUAGCGCCAAAACCUGCUACCACUGUUCUUCGAGUGGAAACCACUGGCCCACCUGCUGAUAUCAUGUUGGGAAAGCAGAUUAGCCAAUAUAAAGCUCGAUGUGCUGCUGAGCGGGCAAAGAAUCAGCAUCAAGGAAACGGUGCGGAAAAAGUUGCGACAGACUUUUCUGAGUUGUGCCCUACCUCAUUCGCUCAUGAUUUCCUCAGCUCAUUGCGCACACCAGAAAAGACACCAUGUAAGAACAAACCAGAAGAAGAAAGAGCUGAGCUGAUGAAUCGACUUUUUGGCGGUGAGCUAUCGAUGUCCCCAACAAGAGCGAGUGAGCACACUUCCACGUCUUUUAGGCCACAAGGAGAUGAUCUUAGUCGAUAUGAUCUCAUGGAGCGAGCGCUGAACGAAGCAUCACUCACACCGUCAAAAAUGAGAGCCUACGCGAUGCCACAGCAGGGAAGCGGUACGCUACCAGAUGACGUUCGAACGUCCAUGGUAGAGAUGAUGAACCAGGAUAGCAGAGAUUAUGUGAAGCAAUUUGAACAGCUAGCCAAUACUAUCACUGCCCCGCGUAGUCGGGGAAGAGUAGAACGAACGCCCAAAAGGAAAAGGAAAAGAUGAAGUGCAUUCACCCUGCAUGUUUUUGUAUAUAUGUGGUAAUAAUCAUU